AUGCCCUGUUUCCUGGCUGGCGUAGAUGCUGGAGCUCAGUCUGCGUUCCUGAUCAGCCAAGUGAAUACGCUGGACAUCCAGCAGAUUGCCUGUUUCACCGCCCACAGUUCUGUGCAGAAAUGCGACCUGUUGGACGCCAAAUUCUGGCCGAAGAUUGGGGAUGCUUGGCAUGUGACGGCACUCUGGAGCGAUUACUCGUCCGCUCGCCAUACCCCAUAUCGUCUUCAUCACACCGUCAUUGGGAAGGCGCGUCUGUCGACCCUGGAAGACCCGGGAUAUUCCUGGAGAUCGGUGUCGAUUUGUAACUCCAACGCAAUGUACCACACGCAUGACGCGACUCUGGAAAAGUUGCAAGAAAUGGUCUAUAACACUGACCUCCAUAAUAUCGAAGUUGUGGCGAGGGCUGUACAGGUGGUAUGCCAGGGCAAAACGUUCGACGCCAGGUACGAUUGGAAAGGCCUGCGGCGAUUUGUUGAAAUGUACGCUCAGACGCCGGAAUUCGACGAAAGAUUUGAUAGACUGGAAGGAAAGCUGACAAUGUACAAAAUGAUCGUGGAGAAAUGCGCCGAGCUUGAGGCCGCCGUCAACAAUCCGAUAAGAAUCUUCCGGAUCGACAGCCCAUUGUCAAGCCUCUGGGGCAUUGUGCGGCACGGAGCACUGACUAUGGUCACGGAGGCUCCGGCACCUUUACUGAAAAUCAUUACCCGUCAAGGAUUCGGCCCUAGCUCACGACAACUUGCUGACCUGGUGGAAUACACGGAAAUCGCUGCCGCCAGUGCUCAGGAAGAAGAAGACAUGGACGAUGAUUGUGCGAAAAUCUGCGAGACGGCGAAGGCGCCACGAGAUCUUGGCCGACUUACGACAUGUGUGGAGGCCCUGCUAAAGUAUAUGGAGGAAAUGGCUGCUGAACAAAAGGGAAAUGUCGAAGAGAGAAGCACUUUCGGAGGAGCAUUCACUGAUAAUCUGCUUUCGGCAAUUUUGCGGCGUCGUAUUCGAGCUAUACAGUCGACAACACACAACCUGUCCCACUUCUUUCUGCUGGUUAAGAGCAAGCGAUGGGACACGCGACAACACGAGCGCUUCAACAAACUCUACAAUCAGGCCAACCAACUCACAAAGUCAUAUCGCCUUCUCAACGAUCAGUUGACCGAUCGGAUCUUGGGGAAUGACGCCUACAUGAGCCUGUGCACCUGGGUGAUCCAUUUUGGGCUACCGUUGUUGUGCGCCCCGAACUCUCAAUUCUCCCAAAGUCCGAAUAUGAUGGAAGGCAGCGAGGAUGGCUCGAGCUCGGCCGCACAAAUUGCCCGCCCACAUGACGUCUUCUUGCAAACGGCUGUUGAGGGAUUGUUGUCUAUGUUGAUCCCAUCAAAUAAAAGGUUGUCCCUGCUCCAGAUGAUCGCCAAGGCCAAGGACUACGCUCUUUUGAAGAAAAUGAUCGAUUUGGUUGAAGCGGCAGACUCGGCCAGUUCUUUAUCCACAUCGACACCUAUCGGCGUCACGUAUUUCCGGGCUAUCGCCUUUUCGGGCUCCGGUCGUCCAGAUAAGGCGUUGGCUGCGUUCGAGCAGUGUAUCCCUGCCGCUCUUUCCGGCGAUCCCGAGUUGGCGGCUGUGCUGUUUAGCCCGGCCGAGACGGCCGUAACUUCCUCGCUUUUGUCGCGUUUCUUCUUGAGGGCAAUCGAACUUCUUUCCAAUCAUGGCCAUGUCAGCCAAGUUAGCUGUCUCGCCCUGCAGGCCUCGAUGCAUUUGAAGAAUGGGGACGGUCCAAGAUAUGCUCUGGAACGAAUCCACAUCAUUCUCUUCACACAACAAGUUGAUGGCGGUGAAUGGGGAAUGGCGUUGGAGACGAUCCGCGCCUGUCAGAAUUCUGAUUCUCAACGUGGCUUGCUGGAGAGUAUGGUGUUCCGGUUGCUGUCUUUGAGAGCGUGGAAGUUGAUCUGUUCGAGCAUCCCCUGGAGGGAGUUCACAAAUGAGGUUGCUUGCCUGCUGUUCGACAAGGCGAGUGCGAUGUCGCCGAAGGAGAGCCCGAACAUCUUCGAACUGCUCGCCAGCUUCUAUGCCGCUCGUUUUGACAAUUAUAAUGCUGCCAACUCGCUAUACGAAUGGGCACAACGGCUUGCGGAAUUGCCACAAGAUCCUCCGAUGUACGCCAAAAGACGCGAUAUUCUGGCAGCCACUUCCCUUUACCUAUCGAUGAAUACUGAAAAUCGACGCUCUUAUCUGCACGCGAGAUCGCACAAGGGAGACUACCAUCGUAAGAAGACUCAAACUGACGAAUUCGUGUUCGGAACAGGCACGAUUUCCACGAAAGUCUCUGCCUCGAUGGAAGAUAUCAACGAAAUCUACAAUUCUGAUGAGCUCUUCCAAUCGAGGUUUGUGGAUGCCGAACGUGUGAAACGCGAGUGGAGUAUCCUGGAUGUUCGUGUGUUGCUGUGCAGAGAGUUGCCCCAGUGCAUCCCUCCCCCAAAUGACCCCGAAGCGCUGCUGAUGCUUCUGCUCGAGCUGCGCCGCUUUGACCAUGCCCGCGUCUUUGCCUGCAUCCAUGGCCUUCCCGUCGAUGGUGUAUUCCAGAUGAUAACGAAGGCUGCCAUUGAAUACGAUUGUGACGAGGAUCCACCGACUAAUUGGGUUCUGGAAAACCCAAAGUUUGUGAGCGAUCGUGGAACUUGUGAUCCAUGGAAUAUCGUGAAGGGACACCUCGAGGCCCACAUGCAGACGAAAAAUUCGAUUGUCAGCCCGCUUUGCGUUGUGCUGAACACGAUGCUGGAGGAAGGCUACCCCAAUGUCCACCCAUGGCUUCACAAAAUGUUUAUGAAAACGGAUGUCGGCUCCUACUUGGUCACGCUUUCCAACUAUACCAAGAAUCGCCAGGUCUUGGAGGCGAUCAUCGAAUAUUCGGGCGAGAUGUUCAAGCAGGUGAAGGGAAUCGAUUCGAACGUCGUUCUGCCGUAUUGUGCUCUCGACCUGGUCCUGAAGCGCGCUCAGGAAGACAGGGACCGUGAAGUGAUGACGUUCUACACCAAAGCCGUCGACUCCGUGAAAUCGCUGCAGUCUCGCAUCCAAGCCUUCGAAGCCGCCUCCAAAUUCACCCAAAAGAGCCAGCCCGAUUCGAGGAUCUCAUUCAUGUCC